CAUCCAGCUCAAAUAUUAGUUUUAGUCAUUUGUCACGUAGAAAUUGGUUGUCGGUGGUUUUCACACAACAUGGAAAAUCCAAUUUCAUUCCAGCCUGUUUCUUAUUAUGUCAUCGGUCAAUAUUAGCCAUCAUAAAUUCAGCUUUGAGGAGUGUGAGGUGUUCAGUACCUGUUCAUUUACAUUGCCCUUGAAGGCGCAUUGACUGAAAGCACCUCGGUCAAUAUUUAGACUUCAUGGGGCAAAGUUAAAAUGUGGAGAUGAAUGUCAACGUGAGGUUUUUGUUCCGAGCUGUUCAAACACGGCGAGUCCUUUCAGGCCGCGUUUGUCCUCAAAGCGAGAAAUGACAGUCUUGUUUAUUCUGCCCUGGCACAAAGAGCUGGUGAAGGUGGCAGGUUGGCCGAUAGGACUCAGAUUAGGGUAUCACAAGGCUCUGAUAAGCAGAGGCAGAGGGAUAUUCCCCCCGCUGCACUUCUUAAUCGAGGCGUUGGGUGUCAGAGCUUCAGUGUUAGUGUCAUGGUGGAGACUCUGAAGCUUGUUUCCUCCAAAAACCACCGACUGUGAUCGAGCUCUCGGGGCCAUGAGCGAGCCAGAGGUUCCUUCUACCUCGUCAGGACAGGGGACUCCACGCCCAGUGGAAGAGGACGAUGGGGACCUGAACAAAGCUCUGGGCGUCCAGCGCUUCCAGCAGAUCCUCACCCCGGCUUCUGUCGUACCCGAUGAGCAGCACCACCCCUACCAUGACGAGGACAUUGAAUACCACCGUCACUCGUCUCACCACAUCCACCGGCCUCUGUCCAAACUGCCCUCGGAUGGACGCAGGAAGAAGGGCGGCAAGAAGAGGAAGAAGGACAAAGAUCACAAAAGCAGCCACGCUUCCAGCAGUGGCCCCAUCGAUGAGGGAGAGGACGAAGAGGACGAGGAGGAGGAGGGGGCGGAGCCAAGCUCUGCUACAUCUGACUCCGAGAGAGGGAAAGAUGUGGAGUUCUUUGUUUCCGAUGAAGACCCUUCAUCCACACGGGGCCCAGAGAGCCCUCGAGCAGCCCGGUCGCUGGACAUCGUCCCACAGUCCGGUGCCGGAGCAGACCCACAAGAAGGAACUUCCACAGAUAGGCCGGACAGAUCGGACACUUCCAGUCCCUCCCAGUCAGGAGCACCGGAACACGCAGCGCUGGCCCGGCAGUCGUCCACCGGCCGCAGCUACGACCUGCAAGACCGCCGGCGCACGGGCAACAUGACGGGCACCGAGCAGGCCAAGUACGAGCGGAUCCCCACCGACGAGAGCGAGGCGCAGACGCUGGCCUCCGCCGACCUGGACGGCAUCAAGAGUCAUCGGUUUGAAGAUGUCCCCGGCAUGCGCAGACACCUGGUCAGAAAGAGCGCCAAGGGACAAGUGGUGCACACCAGUAAAGAACACAAGGAGCCGUCCCCCCGCAGCCGCAAGCCGGACCACAGCCCACAUGAGGUGUUUGUAGAGCUGAACGAACUGACCAUGGACAAGAACCAGGAGAUGCAGUGGAAGGAGACGGCUCGUUGGAUCAAGUUUGAGGAGGAUGUGGAGGAGGAGACGGACCGCUGGGGGAAACCUCACGUGGCCUCUCUGUCCUUCCGCAGUUUGCUGGAGCUCAGAAAGACCAUCUCGCACGGUGCUGUGCUGCUGGGCCUGGACCAGAAGACCCUGCCUGGCAUCGCACAUCAGGUGGUGGAGCAGAUGAUCAUCACUGAUCAGAUCACAGCUGACGACCGAGCCAACGUCCUGAGGGCCCUGCUGCUCAAACACAGUCACCCGAGCGACGAGAAGGAGCACCACACCAGCGCCUUCCCCAGGAACAUCUCCGCCGCCAACCUGGCCCACCACCACGGUGCCCACCACGGUGCCCACCACAGUGCCAACCACGGUGCCAACCACGCCCACCCGCCCGAGCCGUCGGUCACCGACCCGCUCAUGGGCACCGUCCACGCCGCGGUGGACACGGACACGCGCAUCGACAUCGAGAAGAACGAGUCACAGCAGAAGGAGUCGUCCCUGCCGCACGGGAUGCACCGGUCCAAAUCCAAACAUGAGCUGAAGCUGCUGGAGAAGAUUCCUGAGAACGCAGAGGCCACAGUCGUCCUCGUGGGCAGUGUGGACUUCCUGGAGCAGCCCACCAUGGCGUUUGUGCGUCUGCUGGAGGCGGUGGAGCUGGAGUCCGUCCUUGAGGUCCCUGUGCCUGUCAGGUUCCUGUUUGUGAUGCUGGGCCCCCCCUCCACGAGCAUCGACUACCACCAGAUAGGACGCUCCAUCUCCACGCUGAUGUCUGACAAGCAAUUCCACGAGGUGGCCUACCUGGCCGAUGAGAGGCAGGACCUGCUGAACGCCAUCAACAACUUCCUGGACGGCAGCAUCGUGCUGCCGCCGUCGGACAUGGGCGGAGACGAGCUGCUGCGCUCGGUCGCCGGCUUCCAGCGGGAGAUGCUGCGCAAGAGGGCGGAGCAAGAGGUCAAACUGCUCAAAGAGCCCAUCAGCCUGGAGGAAGACGAGUCCCGGCUCGAUCCUCUGAAGAAGUCAGCCGACCCGUUAGAGCGCACGGGACUACCGUUCGGCGGCCUGGUGCACGACGUGAAGCGGCGCUACCCGCAGUACGUCAGCGACUUCAAGGACGCCCUCAACAGUCAGUGCAUGGCGGCGGUUAUCUUCAUCUACUUUGCUGCUCUCUCUCCGGCCAUCACGUUCGGAGGCCUGCUGGGCGAGAAGACGGACGGCCUGAUUGGUGUUUCUGAGCUGAUCGUGUCGACCUCCAUCCAGGGAGUGAUCUUCUGCCUGCUCGGAGCUCAGCCGCUGCUGGUGGUGGGCUUCUCCGGACCCCUGCUCGUUUUUGAGGAGGCAUUUUUUAGUUUCUGCAAUUCGUACCAAAUCGAGUACCUAACGGGCCGCGUGUGGAUCGGGUUCUGGCUCAUCAUCAUCGUGGUCUUCACGGUGGCGUUGGAAGGAAGCUUCCUGGUCCGCUUCGUGUCCCGCUUCACGCAGGAGAUCUUCUCCUUCCUCAUCUCCCUCAUCUUCAUCUGCGAGACCUUCAUCAAGCUCGGCAGGAUUUUCAAGGAGCACCCGCUGAAGUACUGCUCCCUGGACAACAGCACCUCGAUGGUGAACACCAGCCUGGUUCUGAGCAACAGCACCUCGCCUCUGUCGCAGAACGUCCAAGGGAAGCCCAACACGGCGCUGCUCUCCCUGGUCCUCAUGGCCGGGACCUUCUUCAUCGCCUUCUUCCUGCGCAAGUUCAAGAACAGUGCUUUCUUUCCCGGAAGGCUUCGCAGGAUCAUUGGAGAUUUCGGGGUUCCAAUCGCCAUCCUCAUCAUGGUGCUGGUGGAUUACAGCAUAGAAGACACAUACACACAGAAACUGAGUGUCCCCCGCGGACUCUCUGUGACGAGUCCUGAAAAGCGCGGCUGGGUCAUCAACCCUCUGGGCUCGGAAGGUCUGUUCCCCGUCUGGAUGAUGUUCGCCUGCUGUUUGCCGGCCAUGCUGGUUUUCAUCCUGAUCUUCAUGGAGACGCAGAUCACCACCCUGAUAGUGAGUAAGAAGGAGCGGAUGCUGGUGAAGGGCUCCGGUUUCCACCUGGACCUGCUGCUCAUCGUGAUGCUGGGCGGGGCCUCGGCUCUGUUCGGCCUGCCGUGGAUGGCGGCGGCGACCGUGCGCUCGGUGACCCACGUCAACGCCCUCACGGUCAUGAGCCGGGCCGUCGCCCCCGGAGACAAGCCUCGCAUCCAGGAGGUGAAGGAGCAGAGGGUCACUGGGCUCCUGGUCGCCAUCAUGGUUGGCAUGUCCAUUGUAAUCGCUGACCUGUUGCGUAAGAUCCCCCUGGCCGUCCUGUUUGGUAUCUUCCUCUACAUGGGCGUGAUGUCUCUCAACGGCAUCCAGCUCACUGAGCGGAUGAUGCUGCUGCUGAUGCCUCCAAAGUAUCAUCCUGACCACACCUACAUACGCAAGGUCCGAACGCUGCGCAUGCAUCUGUUCACCUGCAUCCAGCUGGUGUGCCUGGGGGUGCUGUGGGCGGUCAUGUCGACGUCGGCGUCCCUGGCGUUCCCCUUCGUCCUCAUCCUCACCGUUCCUGUGAAGAUGUUCGUGCUGCGCCGCAUCUUCACCGUCCGAGAGAUAGAAUGUUUGGACGCCGACGACGCCGAGCCAACGUUUGACGAGCGUGACGUUCAGAACGAGUACGCCGAGGUGCACAUGCCUGUAUAACCCUGCUGCACGCCCUCAUCGUGCCAGUCAACUCCUCUGAGUGGACACCUGUCAAUCACAACCACUGACAUCUUGGAUGCAGCGACUCCAGCUUGAAGCCCUCAUAAAGAAACUUGACGCCACAUCACUGUGCACCGCCGACCCUCAUCAUCAUCAUCUUCAUCAUCCGCCUUAAGUCACCAGCACACAGAACGUCAGAGGCCUGUCUGGUUAUUGCUUGAGUCAAACUUUUCACUUCUAGCUUUGUCAGGUUGCUGGAGGCGUCUCUGAUGGUGAGCAGCACUUUGUGGUCUUUAGCGUGCUUCACUUUUUUUCAAAACAGGUAUAUCAGGGGAAAAGAAAUCAAAAUCCAUGUGAUCUGAAGCUCUAAAUGAAAUUAACAGUAGAUAGAUGUGCAAGGCCGAUUAAUUUUACGCCCUGAAAGGUUGCUCUCAUUCACAUUGAAUAUGUGGAGGACAUGUGGGUCAAAACUUCUUUUAUAUCCUCGUGGUAGUUUUAGCUUUUUUUCUAGUUUGUCGUGUUUUUAGCUCACCAAGCGCCUUAUGAAGGAAAUGAACCGUAUACUGAGGAGUUUGUUUUCCCUCAUCCUGUAUUAUUGUAGACAGCUGAUCACUUCCUGCCCGCCUCGUGAAGCUCGUAGCACUUUUUAAAGAAACCAAAUCUGAAAGCUGGCUGUAUUUUAAUGUGAUUGUUUUAUCUCUUUAGCGUCCUCUUAAAAUCCAUGAAUCGAUAUCAGCGUAGCUUUUCGUUUUCUUCUUAAUUGCUUCCGAUUGAUUUUUAGUCUGUCCUUUAACUACUCAUUAUUUUUUUGUGCUCAAACGCAGCAGUUUAUUUUGCCUUAAAAUCAACGUCUGUACCUGUAGUGAGUUAAAAGCACCAGCAGAGGGAGAAUUUGCAGGGCUGUGCUGAAUGCUAUACCAAAAAACUUUAAAAACAGUAAAUAAGAAAUGCAAUUACACUAAUGCCAUGGCAUCAUAACACACGUUUUUUGUGAAAGUAAGGAAACACAGUGGCACAUUAAUGAAUUUACUCUAAAUGUCUCCAUGCACAUGUUUAGGGCUCUAAGGUUCUGACGGCUCGUUUUGACGUCUCACUCGGUUUGGUUGGUUGGUUUUUUGGGAAUCGCUGUAAUUUAUUGUUGUCUGUGUCCGAGUGCCAAAACCAGGCUUUGUGUAAAUAGUUUUGUGAUCAGAACAAUAAGCUGCAGUUCAGUCAUCUCAAUAACUAUUGUUUUGGCCUAAUUCACACAUUUCUCAUGGUAUAACAUUCCUCGUUUUAUCAAAUUUAGUGCUUUUUGGGGGGAGGAGGGAACUAAUUGUUGACACAAUUUUUAUUCACUCAUGAGCUUGGUCGACCAAAUUUCCACACGAGCUGUGUAGACAAUCUCAAUAUUCUUGUUACUAAGAGGGAAGGUUUUUAAAAAGAAAUAAGAAAUAUACAUAUAUACGAUGUUUGUGAUUAGUUUCAAGUUGUGUCCGUGUGGCAUUGGAUGGUUAAAGCUCUGUGCCUGUGAACCUCGACUCGUCCCCCACCCCCCCGCCUGCCUGUGGCUUUGAUCUUGUGCCUGUUCGGUGUCGCAAAGCUGCACAAAAUCUCAAGUGCCUGUGGGACCACGAAGCGAUCGGCCGCACGUGUGUGUGUGGUUGUUCUGCUCGGGCGACACACGUUACAAUAGUUUGCACUUUUCAGACGCUCACAAAUCAAACAUCUCUCCAUUAUUUAUCUGUUGCAAUAUGAGGCAUUAUUACUGUUUUUAUAGAAAAAAAGAAAAGAUUUAUUCAGAGUAUUUCACAGAACCUUAUUUCGUGGCUGCAUCCCGGCCGUGACACUGAAGAGUAUAUUUAUUAGAAGGAGGCAGUGGAGAACAUUGCCGGUUGUGUGUCUGCUUAUUGUGCCCGUCAAAGUGUUUGUUUUCCAAGUUGUGAAGUGUGAUGUGUUGAUUCAUUUCAAAAGCAAUACAAAGUCUGACAGGAUAUUGCUGAUGCUCCCUUGUACAUUGAUGGUUCAAAUAUUGAUGACAAAUAAAAGUUAUUUUCUAUUUA